AAACAUAUGCUAAAUUAAACUUUGAACGUUUUGCCGCAGGCCUCGUGCGGGAUCAUCAGAAAUGGCAGAUAUUAAACAGGAUCUGAAGGCCUUAGCUAGAUUUUUGAAUGUCACAGGCGUAAAAGUAAACGUUAACAGUGAAACCAAGGUCCCAGUCCUGACUUUAAAUGGAACAACAGUCAGAGGACUCUCAUCUGUUGCCACUUACUUGGCAAAGACUGCAGGGCGGCAUGAUCUGAUUGGUGGAAAUGAUACUGGUGAACGGGCCGCAGUCUCACAGUGGUUAGAAUACAGAGUCACAGACAUUGACAGGUGUCAUGCUGAAAAAGAUGCUUCAACAGUUCUCAAGGAACUUAACAUAUAUCUCUCUACGAGAACAUAUUUCCUUGGGGAGCGACUCACAUUACCCGAUUUGCUGAUCAUGUAUGGAUUACAGUCAUCUUUGUCUUCACUGACCUUCCAAGAAAAGGAGAAGUACAUGAAUGUAUCACGGUGGUUUGAUAAUGUCCAGUCAAUAGAGGGCGUCCUUCAGAAACAAGCGACUCCCGUUUACUUUGUCAAGAACCUGCUGUAUGUAAGUGUGCAAGCGUAACAUUCAAUUGUAAAACUGAUACGGGCGUAAGGGAUUUAAGGGUUUCAAAAUAUAAAUCUUGAUUGUUCUUUCCUUUGGGAGAGGUAUUUAGGAAGUGGCCUGGCAUCGGUGCACUCUGAACUUGGACAUGUGUAAACAAACAUGUAUGCAUCACUUCACAAGGAUAAAUAGAAUAAAGCACCCAGGCAUCCUUUUGUCAACUUGGUGGAAACUGUCUUAGGUUGUUAAGAUCUUAUCUUCAGUAAGAGACCUUUUUUGUGGUGAUCAGGAAUCAAUGGGAAUAAAGAUGUUGCCUUCACUGAAAGGAGUGAUUUGAUUUCGCAAUGAAAUUAUUUUGAAUAAACAGCAUUUUAUUCUAGAAGACAAUUUUUCAUUUACAAUUGUUCAGCAAUCAAUUCAGAAAGUUUUCACGAUUCCUGUAAAAUAUUUACUUGAAUAUAAACAGUUUCAUACAAAAAUAUGAUGACGUUUGUUGAUCGCUUAUGGAUGAGAGGGGAAAAAAAACAAAUAUCUUUUUUCCAUCUGAUUUUUGAGAAAAAGAAAUGGAACAAUUUCCAGCUUUUUUACAGACUUACAGUAUUUGAAGAAAAAGAUUUGAAUGUUAAAACUGCAAUUUUACAUGUAUCGGACGGGUAACUACAACCAGCUUUUUUCCCUACGUGUCCCUGUUUUUUUAACGUCAUCGUGCCAUUAUGUACAUCUGUGAAAAUGGAAUGCACGUACAUGCCCUGUGGGUUUUACCUCCGUGGAAUUCAUUGUAGAAAUAUUUUUAGUUUCUGGCUUUGCACACCCACAUUGUUAUUGGAGUCGGCAGUGUCCCGGAUCAUUCAGCUACACGUAUAUUUUAUUCAGGGUCAAACAACACUUGCUGCAUUUUCUGUUCUGGCUGGCAUGGUGUAAGAGAUUCUAGUUUAAUGGAUGUUUUGGAAGACAUGCACUUAUAGACUGAAUUAUAUUUUCCAAAUUUUAUGUUUGGGCAAAUUUCAUGUUUUGUCAAAAAAUUGUUUGGACUUACUAUUGUGUCCAUUUCGAUUUCAUCAGUGUUGUUUCUUCGAAUUUAAUAGCAAACCAUUGAUUGCACAAUCAUAUAUGAUCACUUGCUUAAGUGCACAAAGUAGGUCGAUCCGUACUGAGUUGUAUUGUUAGAAAAAUUUAAUUGGAAAGAGCGAUUGUGGAGGCUUGAGAAUCUUUAUUUUUAAUCAUUUAGAUGAUGUAUCUUGUUCCUUGUUAUCAGUUUGUCGUAUUGCUCACAUGAACCUAAAUGUGAACAGUGACGAGUGUCAUCACAGGACCCAAGUAUAUAACUUCUUUAAAGAAAAAUACGUCAAAUACUAUUAAAUGAGGGGUUUGAAAGUGGCAAGAAAUAAAUGAGCAUGUCAGAUCUACAAAGUCCUUUUUGACAACUCAAUUUUCGGGACACAGACCAAAGAGGGUGACAGAAAAGGUAGGGGCUACGCAUUAUACUGUACAUGUAGUCAAUUAGAUGCAUGCCUUUUGCCAGACGCACAUGAAAAAUAAGCAAAGUCUUGUGUGCGGUUCAUUUCAUUUUAACUAAAAGCUGAAACAUCAAUUAAUGAAAACAGUGUUGGAAAGGAACAUUACUUCUAUAGUUCUUUAAUGCUGUCACCAUUUCAAAUAUUUACAUAGUGCAUCCGAAAAACGCCCGCGUUAUGAUUGAGAACAUGGCUUAACUACAAACAACAUACUAGAUACAUAUACAAGUAAUAUCCGUGUAUUAUCCAUGCAGAGAUGUGGACUGAAAUGUCAAAGAGCUAUAAGGUUCCUUUGUCAUGAUACCGAUACAUGUAUGUAGUUUCUAAAUACCAGUUUUGUUUAUAAUUUCGAAUAGAAUGGAUGAAUCGCUCUAUA